AAAAUCACCCUGCACUUCUUCACAUGAAGCAGUGAGAACCAGUGACUGAAGGAGAACUUGAGGCUGGAGCGGAGCAGGUGAAGAGGUUCAGCUGCUCUACACACAGUUCUCUUGAAGAUGGAGGAGCAUCAGUCGAGACGAUUAACUGCACUGACAGGACUUUUACUCUUACAUAUAACAGGAUGUGUGUUACAGGAGGUAUCUGGACGCUGCAGUGUGUUCGGUCGUCAGCACAUUCACACAUUUGAUGGAGUAAUUUAUGAAUUUGCUGGUGAUUGCAGUUACAUGCUGGCUGGAGACUGUCAGAGCAGAAGGUUUUCAAUCCUGGGUGAUUUUUCACAGGGCAUCAGGAAAGGAGUGAGUGUGUUCCUCGGUGAAGUGUUUGAAUUGAAUUUGUCUGUAGAUGGCACUCUAACACAACAAGGAGAGAGGCUCCAGCUGCCCUAUGCCUCCAACUCGGUGUUUGCGGGUUAUGAACUGGGCAGUGUGCAUUUGUGGAGCGACGAGUUUGGCUUUUCUGUGCACAUCGACCCGACUCACAACAUCCAGAUCAAACUCAGCAAACAGAACCAGAACCGGACCUGCGGCCUGUGUGGGAACUUUAACUCUGCCCCCGGUGACGACUACACAGCACAAGAGGGUUUUCUGACAGACAACUCAUAUGACUUUGCCAAUUCCUGGGCUCUUAAUGGAGCAGCAAAAGUGUGUAAACGAGUCAGACCUCCAUCUCAGACCUGUAACACCACGAAAAGCUCAGCACAGUUAAUGUCUCGGUGUGAGGUUCUGCGAACCUCUGCAGUGUUUCUGCGCUGUAACCACCUGGUAGAUGUAGAUGCGUUCUUGUCGGUGUGUGAGUCGGAUGUGUGUCAUUGUGGGGACGGUGAGGAGUGUGUGUGCCACGCCCUGCUGGAGUACGCUCGCACCUGCGCCAGUCACGGACUCGUCCUGCAUGGCUGGCACUCCCAGAGCCAAUGCACUCCGAAGUGUCCAGUAGGAAUGCAGUACACUGAAUGUGCUCAGCCGUGUUCCACUUCCUGUCAGAGCCUCAACAUCCAUGAGCUCUGCAGAGACGAGUGUGUAGACGGCUGCACCUGUGCAGUGGGUAAGGUGCUGGAUCGAGAGCAGUGUGUUGAUGUUUCUCAGUGUUCAUGUCAGCACUCAGGGAAACGCUUUCCUCCUGGAUCCACUGUCUCACAGGACUGCAACACAUGUGUGUGUCGUCAUGGAUCAUGGGAGUGCACCAACGAGGAAUGUCCAGGACAGUGUGUGGUUACAGGACAGUCCCACUUUAAGACGUUUGAUGAUAAAUUCUUCACCUUCAGUGGAAUCUGUCAGUAUUUGUUGGCUAAAGAUUGUCAGAGUAAAACUUUCUCGGUCCUCAUCGACACUGUGCAGUGUGCAGAUGACCCGGAUGCAGUGUGCACACGUUCAGUCACCUUAAAGCUCCACGAUCUGGCCAAUCAGACGUUCAGGUUGAAGCAUGGGGGCGUGGUCUCUGUUGACGGCAUCGAUGUUCAAACUCCAUUAAUUAAUGGACGACUGCGUGUCCAGAGGACAGUGAUGUCAUCAGUACGGUUGAACUUUGGAGAUGAUCUCCAGCUGGAUUGGGAUGGUCAUGGGCGUGUGCAGCUCCGACUAAAUCCAGCCUAUGCAGGGAAAACGUGUGGUUUGUGUGGUAACUAUAAUGGUAACCAAGGAGACGACUUCCUGACGGUGGGUGGAGUGGUGGAGACCCGAGUGGAGGGUUUUGGGAAUGCGUGGAAAAUGAACGCUGAGUGUGACAACAUCCAGAAACAAUCCACUGAUCCAUGCAGCUUAAACCCGAAGAGAGUGUACUUUGCGGAGGAGUCGUGUGCAGUGAUGCUCUCAGUUCAUUUUGAAGCGUGUCAUCACAAAGUGAACCCGAGUCCGUACGUAAAGAAUUGCCGGUAUGACGUGUGCUCCUGCGCAGACGGACCUGAGUGCCUGUGUGCAGCCGUCAGCAGCUACGCAGCCGCAUGCGCAGCCCGGGGAGUGCUGAUCGACUGGAGGGGUCAGGGAAACUGCGAGUUGACAUGUCCAGGUGAUCAGGUGUACAAGGUGUGUGAUAUGUGUAAUCAGACGUGUCACUCUCUCUCUGUCCCGGACACGGAGUGUGUGAGUGUGUGUGAUGAGGGAUGUUUCUGCCCACUGGGUUUGUACCUGAGCGACUCGGGCGAGUGUGUGUCACCUGAUCACUGCUCCUGUCACCACCACGGAGAGAUCUACCAACCUAACGACAUGUUCGCCGAUCACAACUCCAUUUGUUACUGUGAGUUCGGCUCCAUGCGCUGCAGCUCCAGUGAUCUCGCUCCCUCUAUGCUGUCAGAUCUUUUCUUUGAUGAACCUGCACCUUCUCGAGAGCGACGCUCUGUCUCCUGUCCUGUCCCGCUCCACAGGGUCGAGUGUGAGAGUUCGAAGGAUGUCGGCAUUGAGUGCGCAAAAACAUGUCAGAACUUAGACCUGGAGUGUGUGAGCCAGAGCUGUAUUUCUGGCUGUGUGUGUCCAGCUGGGACGGUUCGUUACAGGAGAGACUGCAUUCCUCCAGACCAGUGUCCCUGUUUCCAUAACAACCACCCUUAUGCUCCGGGGCAGAGCAUUAACAUCGACUGUAAUACCUGUGUUUGUGAAGGCCGGCAGUGGAAGUGCACUGAGAGAGUGUGUGACGGUGUGUGUCGCACUGUCGGAGAGUCCAACUACAUCAGCUACGAUGGACUGAAAUUUUCGUUCCCAGGACGCUGUCAGUACGUUCUCGCUCAGGAUUAUUGUAACGGUGUGGACGGAACAUUCUGGCUGCUGGUGGAAAACACGGCGUGUGGGGUCAUCGGUCACCGGUGCAGUAAAAGCAUCAGUGUGUUUUACAUGGGAGGACUGAUCACUAUGGAGAAAGGAGAGGUGAGGAUGAGGAAGCCGGUGAUGAAGGAGACAGAGGUUGAGAUGGUACGGUCUGGAUUGUACUACACUGUGCUGCUGGGGAAACACAUUUCUAUCACCUGGGACAUGGGAACUCGAAUUAUACUGCAGAUCAGCAGUGUGUACAGGAAUAAAGUCUGUGGUUUGUGUGGGAAUUUUGAUGGCAGUCCGAAUAAUGACCUGGUGAGCAGUAAUAACCAGAUGGAGGUGAAUCCUGUAGAUUUUGGAAACUCAUGGAAGGUUCGACCGAGCUGCGCCGACGCUGUCCAGGUCCCAUCUGAGUGCAACACUGAUAUGCUGAAGCUAGUGACAGUAGAGCAGUCGUGUCGUGUGCUCAGCAGCGACAUCUUCAGGGAGUGUAACAGCGUGGUGGACUCUGAACCUUUCUGGGAGAUCUGCACUCAGGACACGUGUUCGUGUUCGUCUGUGGGAGACUGCGCUUGUUUCUGUGAUGUCAUUGCUGCCUACGCUCAUGAGUGCGCUCAAAAGGGUGUGAUAGUGGACUGGAGGUCCAACGAUCUGUGCCCUCUGAGCUGUGAGGAGUUGAAUAAGGACGCAGGUCUGGAGUGUGAGUGGCGCUUUAAUGCCUGUGGAAACGCCUGUCCUGUAACCUGUCAGCAUCCAGAACCCUUAACCUGCCCCAGCAACUGUGUGGAGGGCUGCCAUGCUUCCUGUCCACCAGGUCAGAUCUUAGAUGAGGUUCUUCAGCGCUGUGUCGAUCCAUCGCAAUGUCAAGUGUGCAUGCAUGGUGGAGAACGAAUUUCACACGGAAAGCAAAUCAUUCUCAAUCAUGAUGACCCCCAUCUCUGUCAGAUAUGUAACUGUGAGGAGAACACGCUAACGUGUGGUCCAUGUCCUCUGUCUGGCCCCACCUCCACACUGAGCCCUGUUACUGGUUUGGCCACUACCACACCGUUUCCCUUCUCUACUCCAGUCCCCGAGGACGCCUGUGACAGAGCAAUGGACCUGGCCUUCCUGGUGGACGGCUCUUCAUCUCUCAGUGAGGCAGAUUUCAACCUGGUAAAGCUCUUCAUCUUGGGUGUGGUGGAUCGUUUCCGGAUGGGCUCGGCACAUACCCGGGCCACGGUGCUCCUCUUCCACUCUGGAGUGAAGAGCUACGAUAUGCAGGUACAAAAGUGGAUCUUUAAGAAAACUGUGCGUGAUAUGCACUACAGCGGUGGUGACGUCGCCUUCAUGGACGAAGCCAUCAAGUAUCUGUCUGUUUACAUUUAUGACAAAAACAAGCGAGAACAUGCUGGUCGGGUCGCUAUUUUGUUGACGGCCAGUAAAAACCCUCGGCCAAUGCGCACCACUCAGCGUCUGCUGAAGAAGAAAGACAUCACCAUUCUCACCAUCGCUUUGGGGCCUGAUGUCAACCUGGCACAGGUCAAUGAAAUUACAAAAGCCACACCAAGCAGUCGGUUGUAUGUUCUGAGCAGCGCAGAAGAGCUGGAGAACCAAGCUUUUGAGAUAAUAGAUUACCUCUGCACCUUGGGGCUGGACCCUGAACCUCCAAAGAAACCAGCCAUUCAGAAACCAAAGACAACUUCUUCCACUACCACCACUACCACCACAAGUCCUGUAGCAACUUGGUUUAGCACUGCUCCUGCCACCGUUCCUCCAUCUGCCACUAUUAUGACUCCGUUUCCCAGCAUCCUCAGUCCUGGAAGUACUUUUCCUCCUCCUAGCGUAACCUAUCAUGACAUCACCAUCCUUCUAGAGGGGUCAAAUAGUGUCGGAGAAGAUAGUUUUAACCGCACCCGAGAUGCCCUGGUGGACAUCCUGGCCUCAUUCGAACAGCAAGAGAAGGAGAAAUACCGUGUCACAGUGAUGCAGUAUUCUUACACCGUUACCGUGGAGAUCAGCCGAAUGGAGUUGCAGCAACGAGAGCUCCUUCUGCACCGCCUGCAGCAGAUCCACUUCAGAGGUGGUGAGCAAAUCAACACGGGGCAUGCCGUACGCUCCGUCUACGAGUCCAUCACCACCACCGACACGCCAAGUCGCUCUCCUGACCAGAUGGUGUUUCUUAUAACCCAAAAUCCACCCACUGAUGUCAUCCAGAGGCCACCAAGCUCCACCCACACGCAGAUAUUCCCCAUCGGGAUUGGUCCACAUGUACGUGACGUGGAUCUUCAAACUCUAAGUUUCCCUCAUGCACCAAUCAUGGUGAAUAAUACAGAGCAGUUUAGGACACUGGGACCCCUGCUGGUCAACAUCAGUAGGACACGAAAAGGACCGUUUACACCUGUACUGCCACCCAGAGCCACACUGCCCCCUGCAGUACCCUGCUCAAAGCCUAUGGAUGUCAUAUUUCUGCUCAGAGCCACUUUAAGUAAACAAUUUGAGGAUCUGAAAACAUUUGUGAAGUCCAUAAUAAGGAAAACUCAUAUCGGCCGUAGUGGAACUCAGGUAGCGGUGAUCCUGUACGGAGAGAAACCUGUAGAGGCUGUGAGCUGGAGAGAUGGACAGAGCGCAGAAAACCUUCUUCAGCUGGUGGAUAAAUUACAGAACAAAGCAGAUACUUCAUCAAAACUGGGUGCUGCAUUGCGAUUGGCUGUUCAGAAUUCCAUUUCCUCAACAAGUGGGGCUCGGAUGGGCGUGGCCAAGGUGGUAGUGAUGCUGGUGACUGACAGGUCAAUGGACUCAGUGCAGGAACCUUCACACGAUGCUCUUACUGCUGGUGUUUCAGUUUUCCCCAUUGGAGUGGGUAAGCAGUACGACAAUAAUGAGCUGAUCAUGCUCGCUGGCCCACACACACAGGCAAACAUCAUAGAACUGAGGAGCACUGAAGAUCUUCUCGCCAUGGAUAUGCUGGACCAAACGUUCACCGACAAACUCUGCAGGGCUGGUCCUCCAGGAGUGUGUGUGGAUGAUGAUGGAAAGGAGAGGAAGACGUGGUUGUUAGCAGAUGGCUGUCACUCGUUGCUCUGUAACCCAUCAGGGGUUGUGACGCUGCAGAGCCACAGAGUGAACUGUGAGAGACUUGAACCUCCGACCUGCAAAAACAAUCUCCAUGCUAUAAUCAACCAGACCUGCGGCUGUACCUGGGCCUGCCCCUGUAUGUGUAUUGGCAGCUCCACCAGUCACGUGGUGUCGUUUGGGGGCGUGGCUUUGAAACUGAAAGGUGCUUGUUCCUAUAUGCUGCUUCGGACUGGAGGGGUGGAGCUACUGCUUAACACAACCAAGUGUCGGGACUCGCCCAAUCAGAUCUGCAUGAAGAGCCUUGAACUGAGAGAAGGUGGAGUUCACGUGGUGCUGGGAGAUGAUAUGAAGGUGACAGUAGACGGUGUAGUUACUCCAGUACCCUUCAGACGAGGAAGUGUAGCUGUCACCCAGAUUGGAUCUAUGCUUCAUCAGCUCCGCUCGGAGACGCACGGCUUCACCCUGAGCUUCACUCCUCACAGCAACGAGUUUACUAUCAACCUUGAUAUCACCAUGACAACCAGCACCACCGGCAUCUGCGGUUCCUGCUCAGAUGAUCAGACUGACCUUCUGCUCCCUGACGGUUCCGUGAGCUCCGAUUCAGAUGCGUUCCUACGCGGCUGGGCUCUGGAUGAGUGUGAGGACAGUGUGCCGGAUGAGUGUGAGGUGGGCGUGGCUCAGAGCUGCCAGCUGUUAGCCUCGGAGGUGUUCAGCGAGUGCCAUAAUCUGGUUCCACCUCAGGAUUAUAUAACGAUGUGCAGGCAGGUGGCGUGUCACCCCGCCAUGGUGUGUGAUCUGCUCGCCGCCUACAGCAGUGUGUGUCGGCAGCAGGGAGUGUGUGUGCACUGGAGAACCCCCGACUUGUGUCCCAUGACUUGCUCGAAGUACAUGGAAUACGAUGCGUGUCGAACAGGGUGUGUAGAGCAGUGUGGCCACGCCCAGUCCCCUCUAGGGGAUGUUUAUUUGAGGGGAGAUGGAAUAGGGGGUGGAGCCCAGUGUUGGACCACGCCCACCGAGGGCUGUUUCUGUCCUGCUGGUAUGGUACUCAGAGGGGAGGAGUGUGUUAGCCAAGAGGCCUGCAAUCAGUGUGUGGACAACAAUGGACAAGUCCAUAAGUACAUGGACAGCUGGACUCCGGAUGAUAACCCGUGUUUGCUGUGUUUGUGUUUAGACCAACAGCUAAUAAACUGUACAGCUCUGCCAUGCACUAACGCUAAAGCCCCUGUGUGUGGAGUGUGUGAGACCUUGGUGGAGAAGAAGGAGUCAAAGUGCUGCCCGGAGUAUGAAUGUGUAUGUGACACUGUUAACUGUAAGGUCUCGGCUCCUCUAAGAUGUGAAAAUGGUCUGACUUCAGUCCUGAUGAACCCGGGAGAGUGCGUGCCUGUCUAUGAAUGUGUCUGUAGAAAAGAACAAUGCUCUGCAUCCAGGCCCUCAUGUCCCGCCCACAAAAAGCUGUCCAUCAAACAGACCGACUGCUGUGAUUCGUUUGAAUGUGUGUGUGACUGUCAGAACUCCACCCGAGUUUGUCCUCCUGGUUACAUUACCAAGGAGAUGACCAAUGAGUGUGGCUGUGUGGAGGUCACAUGUCUGCCUGAUAAAGUGUGUGUGGUGGACGGUGUGGUGUACCAGAAGGGAAAUAAGUGGGAGGAGAAGUGUAAGAUGUGUGAGUGUGCAGAACAGACAGACAGAAUGACCGGGCUGCACAUAGUACAAUGUGAGGAUCCUGUCUGCAACCAGAUCUGUCCUCUGGGUUCUACAUAUUCCCAUGCAGAGGGAGAGUGCUGUGGUCACUGUCGUAAAAACGCUUGUGUUGUGAAGGAUGCAAAAUAUGGAGAACGACUAAGACGGGUGGGAGAGAGCUGGGUGUCUCCUGAAAAUCAGUGUAUGUUGAGUGAGUGUGUCCAAGUGAAUGAGGAGGUCUUCGUUCAGUACACCAAUGUUUCCUGUCGUAUCAUGGACAUGCCUUCCUGCCCCCUGGGGACCGAACUGCAGUGUAACACUGCUGACAACUGCUGCCCCACCUGCCAAUGCGUGCCAGUGGACGCCUGUGUGAUGAAUCAGACACUCAUUGGAGUUGGUGAGAGAGUGAUAAUGGAUGCAUGUACAAACUGUAAGUGUGUUAUUGAGCGAGGAAAAUAUCACCUGGCCUGCAGGAAGAUGAGCUGUUCACCAUGUUCAGAGGGAUAUGCUCACGAGCCUAUACCUGGAUCCUGUUGUGGACGUUGUGUAGCUUCAGCCUGCAGCAUCCAGCGACCUAAUGGACAGUUAAUCAGCCUCCAAGUGAACACUACUCGUGAAGAUGGCUGCACCAAACACACAUGUAGUGUAAAUGAGAAUGGAGAGCUGGUGCUGGAGACUGUAGUGACCACGUGUCCUCCUCUGGACCGAGCCAGCUGUCUGGAUCAUGGGGGUAAAAUCAGUCGGAUCGGACAGAGCUGCUGUGAGAUGUGUACGGAGCCUGAGUGCAGGAGGAGGGUGGGUGUGUUGGAUUUUAUCAGGGUUGAUGAUUGUCAGUCGGAGGAGAAACUGGAGCUGAGUUACUGUGAGGGCCGGUGCAGCAGCAAGUCUGUGUAUUCUGCAGAGAAGAAGCGAGUGGAGAACCAGUGUGUGUGCUGUAGUGCUACAGGAACUUUACCUCUGAGUGUUUCUCUGCGCUGUCCUAACGGCACACAAACACACAACCAAGUCCUUACCGUUACCGGCUGUGAGUGUGAGAGCCACGUCUGUCCUGCUGACUGAGAACAUACACACAUACACAUACAUACACACACACACACACACACACACACACACACACACACACACACACACACACACACAUAUAUAUAAACACCCUGCAACCACUCAUUUACAACACCAUCACUGUAACCAUCUCACUUCUUGUAUCAUAAUUAAACACAAUAAAACAGUUAAUUUUUAUAAAACAACAUUUAAUCAAUAAACUCUGGUUUUUAUCUUCA